AUGCGGCCAAACAAAGAAAAAGUUGACGAACAAUUGGUCUCGCUCACUCUUCCUCCAUGAGCGAACAAAAAAUUAUAAUCGUUCACAGAGGGGGUCAAAUUUUUUUUUAAAAAAUCGAAAUUCUCAAGUAAAAAUUAAUUUAAUGUUUUAAAAAUUUGUAUGCACACGCUCAUUCAAAAUUACAGAAUUAUAUUAAAAAAUAAAUUUAUUCGUUACAGAGAUGGUUUCUGCCAAAAAAAAUAGAAAUUUUUCCAAUGUUUUGUUCGCUCACAGAAGGGAAGAGUCAGAACAAAGUACUUAAAUAAUCAAAAAAUCCUAAAAUCGUUGCAAGAAACUUAUAUAAAAUGAUCAGAUGACCUAUUAAGAGUUGACGAAAAAAUCGCGAGACUUGAAACUGGGAUUCAGCAAGACAUGAUCGAAGUACGGAAAAAUGACAAAAAAAUAACUAAGCUUAAAGAAGAUAUAGAAGAAAGAAAAACAAUAAACCUUCCUGAGAAAAAUCAAAUCAGAGAUCUUAGUGGCUUAGUUAAAGCUUCUAAAAGCAUCUUUUCAUCAUCAGCAUUUGCAAAAGAAGACCGUCUAAGCGCUAAACGCAAUAUCUCGCUAUUAGGAAAGCCAGGAGAAAUUCUAUUAGAAAUUGCUAAUAUUUCAGAAAAAGUAGUAAAUUUGAAGAAAAACAUUGUUGACCUUAAAAGAGCCCAAAUUGAGCUAAGUGAAGUAGACGGCGCCGUCAAAAAAAUAAAAGAGCUUGACUAUUUACGGUCAGAAAAAGAAAAAUUCCAAGAAAAAACAGUCCUUGUUAAGUUCACUAAUUUAUUAGGAGAAGAAGAUUCCUGCUAUUUCCCUAUCGUCAACAAUGAUGGAUACCAAAUUACUUUUUCUGAGCUUCUCAACAAUGCAAGCAGAUACUGAAAUUUGUUCGGCCAAGGCUGCGUUUUGGUAGAUAAAGAAUAUACAGUGUGGCCUGGAACAGCUAUUGUAGAAGAUGAGGCUAAAAAUUCUAAUAGAGAAAUCUGAAUUAUGACAAAAGAAGAAGCACACUAUUAUAAGGUAAAAGGAAAUAUUGAAGAAGGCAAAGAACGAAUCCCUGAUGAAGCUGAAAGUGAAAGCGAAGUGCUAGGCGUUAUGCUAAAUUAUAGAUAAGCUCACUGUGAGGUGCCUUUUAGCCCUUAUUCUCAUCUUGAGCUUAAGGUUCGCAUUUCAUGACAUCGUGAAUGUAUCUCCUAUUGGCGAGGCUUGCAUUUGUUAUCCAGAAGUCAGAUGCUUUUUGCUUCUGUGUAGAGCGUCAACAGACUGUCAGCCAUUGAAAAAUCAAAAGUUGAAUUUUCAGGUCGACUCUUGCCAAAAAUUGAAAUUCGAACCCUGGACGCAACUCCCAUUAUCGUUCUGGCUGGUUGGCUAUGAAACUAACUUCACACUGCUUAGAUAUCUAUUUCAACUUUUGCACACUCUUCCCCAUAUGAGAAAAACUUGUCACUGGACAGAGCUUGGGCUGAUUAUUCAGCACUCUAUCUGCGCCAAGAGAAUUACGCCGGAUAUACACAUCAGACUCCAACGAACUUCCUUAUGGCCACCUGCACUCUGUUGGAUAUUAUCUGCAGGAGUUAGGAAGGUGGCUGAUUCAUAACCCCAUUAAUGAAUUUUAAAGCGAAGCCGACAAUGAAGAAGACAAAGUUCACUACGACGAAGAUUGAGAAACCAAACUUAAAGAAAAAGAAGAGGCUUUAAAAGCAGAUAAAGAGAGAAACAUGGGCUUAUUGAGAAUAGAGAGAUUAAGGCAUAUGAAUGUGCUAAACUUGCUGGUUUAUAUGCUGUUUAUUGUAUUGUUUACAUGAAAUAUCAACGAAUGGAAAAACACAACAACGUUUUAUUAUACUAGGCUUGGAAUUAUUAAUUUCCUGCUGAUGUACCCUUUUCCAGUUAACUCUUCAAAUUUUAUGACUUUUAGUAGCAUUCAGCUGCCAAGUGAUUUAGAGUCUUAUUUGACUGGGACUUUUGUGAGUGGGAUAUGACAGGACACAAAAUACAAUAAUGACCCAAUGACUAAAAAUGAGCUUAAUUACGUCGCCUAUGUGUAUAAGCUAGUUGGCCCUAUAAGAGUCGUUCAAAAACGGGUCAAAACUAAUAGCUGCUCACACAGUAUGUACAAAAUAAUAGGAAGAAGUGACACAAGCUGCUAUAGUGAUUAUUCUGACUCUGUGGAAGACACUUCUCCUAUUGUCAUAAAUGACGCUUCCGUGAGUUCUGUAGAUUCUUCAUGAUUAAAAUAUACUCAUGAUAGUGGUGCUAGAACUGUGACUGGAGAAAGACUAAGCUACCAACUUGAAGGGUAUAUGGCUUAUAUUAGAUCAAAUCUCACUAUGGAUGAAGCCCAAAAAAAUAUCAGUUUUAUUAUUAGCGACUGAAUUAACUAUCAGACCCGAUUAUUAGCUUUCAAUAUUAAUCUCUGCAACAACUUCGCUGAUGUGUGCUCCUCAGUAGAUUUACUGUUCGAAUUCACAGCAAGUGGCUUAGUAUUGCCGAAAGCUUAUGUGUAUGUUUAUAGGGUAUAUGUGAAUUGGACCUCUUCAGACAUAGUAAGAAACGCUUUCGAAGGUGUUAUAGGCAUUAUUAUGCUUUAUUUUAUUAUUGAUCUAAUAUGAAGGGUUCGUAAAGAGGGCUGAAAACUCACAUUCUUGAGCUUUUGAACUGCAGUUAGGAUUCUUCUCAUUAUUAUGCUGAUUAUAAAAGUAACUUUGCUUAUAGCUUACAGCCAGCGUGAUGAGGUUUUGAAUUUCCAAUCAAUAAAUGACGAAUUUGUAGACUAUGAAAAAUUGGGUUAUUUUUUUAACACUACAAAUAAUUUUAUUGGAGUGACCUCAUUCGUAGCAUUUUUUUUUAUAUUAAGUUUUUUGCAGCAAUCAAAAAGCAUGAAAAUUAUAUGGGGAACUUUAAGGGAGUCUCUUCGUAGGCUAGUCUUUUUCUUUUCAGUUUUUAUUUUAAUUAUGACUGGAUGGCUGCUUUUAGCGUAUCGUGGAUUUGGCCAAUAUUCAAUCGAGUAUAAAGAUUAUGGGACAACUCUUAAUACACUGCUACAGAUGCUUUUUGGAAACAUUGAUUUUGAUACAAUUUGGCAAAUUCAGCCAGUUUUUGCUUCAAUUUUUUUCGUUUUAUUUAUUUUCUUGACAUUUUUUGUAAUGUUGAAUAUCUUUUUAGCAAUUAUCAACGAAUCUUAUGACACUUAUUAUAAGAAAUUCAGUACUGAUGAUAAAAAGGAUGAAAUUUUGAUUAUUUUUGGGCUGAUUUUUAAUGCAAUUAAGUACGGGCUGUUCGUUUACCCAUAUAAGUUUGUGACUUGCCAGAAGUUAAAGAGAGAAAAAUUACGGAUGAAUGAAAUAGAUAACGACGCAUACUCAGCAGCAGAUAACUCAACCUCAAGAGAUAACGUAAGCGAAAGAUCAAUUACAAGGAAAUACUCUCUUUAA